AUGGCCGAAACUUUCUAUGACGACUCAACUGUCAACGCACAGUGGUCUACACUGAAAACGUCCAUCAGAAAAGCGACGCUGGGGCAACUAGGUGAGAUUCUUCGCCACAAGAGAGACUGGAUCUCCGACCGUACACUGCAGUUGUUCGCAAAGGCAAGAGAUGCGCGGUUGAUCAAUUCUCCUGAAUUUCGUAUUUUCCGUCGCCUAGCCACACGCUCUGCAAAGGGUGAUCGUAAACAAUACUGGGAGGCGAUUGCAGACAACAUGGAGGCUGCAACUGUCGCAGCGGACAUUGUAAAGCUAUUCCGUCUAAUUCGUGUCGCAGCAGGAAAGAGGCAGACAUCGGAACCACUGUUGCGCAGCACCACAGGCCAACUUAUUCAGGAAACUGAGCAAAAAAUUCAAAGGUGGGUUGAACACUUCGACGGGCUGCUCAACCGACCAUCAAACCAAGCUGGUUCUCUACAGGUGUCAAGUAGUUCGGAGACUUACGACACCAAUUGA